AUGACCUUUCCUGCGGCGACUCCCCAACCUUUCCAGGGUACCAGCACAAGAGGAGAAGGUCCUCUGAUCCUAGAAUCGAAGGAGACCGGACAAGUUGUACCCGGGGGACAGAAUGACCAGGCGACUGCGGUGACAAAGGAUGGGCCCAAGGCGAAACCAUGGGCCCAUUUCGUCGCGGGAGGUAUCGGCGGCAUGGCCGCGGCCACCCUCACUUCUCCUCUUGACGUCUUGAAGACCCGACUACAGUCCGAUUUCUAUCAAGCGCAACUCAGAACCCUACACGCUCAACAUUCUCUGCCACAUAAACUCACCUUCACCUCCGUCCCCAAAGCAGCAUUCUUCCACAUCGCCGAGACCGUCCAGAUAUUGCGAUCGAUAUACCAACAUGAGGGGUUUCGGGCGCUAUUUCGAGGUCUGGGCGCAAAUCUGAUCGGCGUGGUACCCGCAAGGAGUAUCAAUUUCUACGUUUACGGGAAUGGCAAGAGAAUUCUAAACAAUUACCUCAAUCCCGAAGGGCGAGAGAAUGUCUGGACCGUCCACCUUCUUGCGGCAGCCACGGCGGGAAUCGCAACCGGAACCGCCACAAACCCUAUCUGGGUGGUCAAGACACGACUGCAGCUCGACAAAAACACUGCGAGCCAUGAUCCUCUCAAGGGACGACAGUACAAGAACAGCUGGGACUGUAUCAAGCAAACUGUCCGGCACGAGGGUAUCCGAGGCCUGUAUCGUGGCCUAUCGGCCUCGUACUUGGGAGUUACCGAGUCAACCCUUCAAUGGGUAUUGUACGAGCGGAUGAAGCUGUCUCUGGCCAGGAGGGAAGCGAAGCGCCUGUCACACCCUGGGUAUCAGCGAACAAUGCUCGAUGACGCGGAGGAGGUUGGAGGGAAGUUUUGCGCCGCGGCUGGUGCGAAGCUCUUUGCGGCAGUCAUUACAUAUCCGCAUGAAGUUGUCAGAACGAGGCUACGGCAAGCACCAACCAUCACAACGGAGACAGGCAAAGUCACGAUCAAAUAUACCGGCCUGAUACAGUGCUUCCGCCUCGUGGCCAAAGAAGAAGGGCUGGCUGGUUUGUACGGAGGCAUGACGCCGCAUUUGCUUCGAGCUGUCCCUGCCGCCGCCGUUAUGAUGUCGACCUACGAGAUUUUCCUACGGCUCUUUGGGACCACUUCAUGA